AUGCCGGGCGCUGAGCGUGUGUCCACUAAUGAGGAUACCUUCGAGCAAUACUUUAUCUUCCGGCUAGAAAACGAGCUAUUCGAGCUAUUCGAAGAGCAGGAAGUGCUGCUUAGCAUUGUUGCACGUCAACAGGAACGGCUGGAUCGCGAGCUAGAAAUACAUCGCAUUCUACAGAGUACACCACAGCAGCAAGAGCAGCAGCAUCAGGGGACUGAGCCAGAGGUGGCAACGGUUGGCCCAAUGACGUCAGACAAAAACGGCGAGGAUGCGUCCACGGGAAACACUAUAUUCAGUCACCCAGCUGAGUCUAGCGUUGUUGAAUCGCAGCCAGAACCAGUGCCGUCGCCUCCAUCGGAGCCAAAGAAAUCUCAACUGCAUAUCAAUCUCUCUCAGCAACUGCUCACAUCACAGCAACUGCUCGACGACUUGCGCCAACAGCAGCAGAUGCAGGCAGAUGAAUUGGCAACUAACUUGGAGCUCCAGCAGGAGCUGCUGCUGAUGGCAAAGCCUACUGAGAAAAAGCACAAGCAAGAAGAGCCACUAUGCCCUACAACUAGAUGCGAGCCUUGCAGGCAAACUCCUCAGAGUUCGUUGACUGUCUCCUCCAUUGAUUUAUAUGCCGCUGCUCAGUAUCAGCCGCCUAAGCAAUCUGGCCUCGGUUACGAUCCUCCAUUUCCCUAUCCACUGCUGCUCUCCAAGAGUCUCGAGGACCGCCGCUUGUAUAUUUUCAAAAUUGUGGACGGUCUUGCAGAGCAAUUGCAAACAUCCCAAUUGAAGAAUCAGACGCAGGCCCAGGAUGAGGAGACCAUCUCAUCAAUUAUCGAGGCCGCUCCCACUGGCGCCAUACCGAAGCGCCUAGAGCGUCCUGUCAAAUUUUUUAGAAGCAAGAGUAGCUGUGGCAACAAACUCUCCAAACGUCAACGCAAACAAGAAGAGAAACAACAGCAACAACAACAACAACACGACCAGGGAGACAAAAAUGAUGCUCUUGAGACAGAGCUCGAUCUGGACUGUGAGCUGGGAAUGGAACACAUUGAGAAGUUUCGUGCAAACAAUGUGCGUAGCGAGAUGAAAGUUUCGGAUCAUAUGCAGAAUGUAGAGGAUGUUCAGCCGGCAGUUGACAUGACGGUCAUUCCGAUGGGCACUCUCGACCGAAAUCAAUGCUCUCCAGAAGAACAGACGCCACAAAUGCAGACACCACUUUCAUCUCCAAUGCUUACGCCACUCAGCAGUGAUCUAACUGAUGACAUCUUCAAGACUGCCUUUGAGCAGUUUGGCCCGGCUGCGGUUGCAGAGGAGUUAGGUGUCGGAUGCAGCACCACACGCCCUUGCUCACCCGAGUCAGAGUGUCUGCCAUCGCCAUCGCCAUUACCCGUACCUUUGAAGCCACCACGUAUGGGCUCCGGGGAUCCUCAACCUUAUAUGGCACCGUAUGAUGCCUACUUGCCCAGCGCUUCGCUACAGGCACAGGAGCAGUACGUGCACAUCCACCCCAAUAUGUCGGGCGUCCCUAAUGUCCAAGGACUAGCAAAUUCUCCAGUCCAUGUGUCGAUUUCAUCACCGAAUUAUCCCCUCACGCCCCAGAAUGUGCCGUUUUCGCCGCAUCCUCAAAAUCAGUCGCAUACGAUGCAAGCUAAUCAGUCUCAGCAUUCGUUGCAAAUGCAACUUCCGAUUCAGGCUCACCAAUUGUCACCCCAGUUAAAUGCCCAGCAAUCUCUGAACUUAUCGCCGCAGACUCCGAAAUUCCCACUCUUUUCACAGACUCCACAGUCGGCUCAGCAAAUACAGCUUUCGCUGCCAACACAACAAUAUCAGGCUUCGCCGCGAAUUCUACAAUCGCCGCACACGCCACCGACUUCAUGUCUAACACAGACUCAGAUUCAAUAUUUACUUCAAGCUCAGGCUCAGGCUCAAGCUCAAGCUCAAUCUCAGGCAAAUUUUGCACAGCCUGCGAUGCAACCCGAUUAUGCGCAGAAAUCACCAACCAUUAUGAAUCUGUCGCCGAUAUCCACUGCAGGGGUUGCCACAUCACCGUUAUCGCAGGGUUACCCUUCAAACUGCAACUGGGUGGUUGGACAAAAUAACUAUCCCCAGUGCGCAUCGCAGACAUAUUUGCCACAGCGGGCAGAUGGCGGCCAACGAAUAUACACAUAUGUCGUGGAGGCCUUGGACCGAUCCAUUAACUACUUACCAAAUCAGCAAAGCCCGCACCCUCAGCAAAUGCAGCCUCCACUGCAACUGCAGCAUCCACAACAACUUCAACCUCCACAGCAACAUCAGCCUCCACUGCAACUGCAGCAUCCACAGCAACUUCAACAUCCACAGCAACAUCAGCCUCCACUGCAACUGCAGCAUCCACAGCAGCUUCAACCUCCACAGCAGCUUCAACCUCCACAGCAGCUUCAACCUCCACAGCAACUUCAACCUCCACAGCAACUUCAACCUCCACAGCAACUUCAAUCUCCACAGCAACUUCAACCUCCACAGCAACAUCAGCCUGCACAACAACAUCAGUCUCCACAGCAACAUCAGCCUCCACAGCAACAGUAUACCCCGAAUGAAUCUAUGCAGCCAGUCGAGUCGAACCCGACUUUCUGGGGGGCUUACAAUCGACAGCCGCUGACUGCGUUGGAAGCUACAAUCAUCCAUCCUAGCCCACAGACACCGCCAAGCAUUCCAUCCCCAUGCUUGUCACCGUGCUUAUCAAUGAGCCCCCCAGUGAGCCCAGCAAUGAUGUCUAGCAACCAUUCAAAUGCCAGCGUCAACAGUUUUGCUGGACCUAUCCACUUCACACCACGCUCCACGGUCAGCACCGAGUAUGAUGGCAUCAAUGUGCCGAACAUCGAGCUGCCAGGUAGUGGACGGAGCGAUCAGCAGGACGAUGCACAAAAGACAUACCAUGUUGGCCCUAGUGGCCAGAAUGCAUUGCCACCAGGUAUGACCGAAGCUCAGGCUGCCCAUUUCUAUCAGGCGGUGCUAUAUAAGCAGGAAAUGUUGCAGUUUCAGCUUCUGGAGUUGCAGCAGUUUUACAGAAGCCAUCAUCAAUUUUUCAGUGAAAACGAGAAAAAAUGCGAGAGAGAGGCCGAAGAACCGCAGGAGCAGCAAAGCCAACAGACGAAGCAGCAAUUGGACGAGUUAGAGACGAAUCAAUCGGACGGGGAUAGAAAGCCAAUGGAAGGGGCAGAGCUGCAUGUAGAUGAGUCGCAGGAGAAGGCGCAGUCAAAAAACCAAACACGUGAGCAACGCCGGGGACUAGCAACGGACCUCUUCAAUGAGACGACAAAGAAUCAAUCGGACAAGGUAUCUAAGUUAAAGAAGAAGAAGAAACGACUUCAACAAGAAGACUUUCAGCAUUCGUGCGAACUUCAAGCCCAGCUAAAAAGAUGGCACAAACAAAAGCAGAGAGGUGAGGAUGAAGAGGACAAAGUAUACCAUAAACGAAGGCAGCAUAAGGAGAGAAAAAAGAUCGAAAAACAUCCGGUUCAGGCAAAGACAAAACCAGAGUGGCAGGAAAAUGUGGAAAUGCGCCAAAAGAAAAACACCAAUAUUGUUACAAAGCCUCAGGAACCUUUCUAUAUAUUCAACCUAAAAUCAGUAGAAGCGACGUGCAGCGAAGAAAGUAGCUCUUCUCCACGCCACCACGGCUCCAAACGACAUGAAUGGGAGGAACGUAGAGGAAAAUCUCAGAAGGACAAGGUAACAAAGAGGACCGUAAACUUAUUAAAAGACCCACCACUGAAGCCUCCCUUAAUCGGUGGAGCCAAACCAGAGCCAGCAGGGACAGUGAAUAAGAAAGACGAGGACCGGCCAAAGGCAUGGCCAAUUCUUUCACGUGCCAAGGUAAUGGGCCUUAGUUCGGAAAAUGCAGGCUUCGCCAGAAAGUCAAUGCAUCAGAUAACGCCGCAUGCGCGUCUCUGCCGCGUUAAGAAAUGUAUUUCGGUUGAGCACAACUUGUCAGCCGUACCCAGAUGCUUCCGCCAUUUCUUUUCCAUGUAUCAACGCGUAGCUGCCAAUCGUUUUCCGAAUCGUAUUCGCAUUAUGCCUUUAGAGCCGUGCCCAAUGCCCAACAUACCGGCAGCGCCAUGUGCAGGUGCCUCAAUCACAAAUAGAGAUGAUGUUGGUAAAGGCUUGUGUCCACCGCCGCCUUGUGUUGUCGACGAUCCGGGCAUGAAGCUGAAGCAUCUGCUUCUCGAUCUAAAAACAUUACGUCGUCGGCCGGACAUGCCGGAAUUAAUACCGCCGUCCGAUCCGGUGACUGCGAUAUAUCUGCCGCGCUUUGAGCUGCGGAAGGGAAAGCAACUGUGCAAACCAUAUAACAUGCAGCCGCUGUCCAACAAGUGUAUAGACAGUUCAUCCGCCAAGACCAGAGACACCAGCGCAACGCCUGACCCAGCGGCAACAGCACGUUCCACCUCCACUUAUACGAGUCUGGAUAGCACAACUAGCUGUGGCACCCUCAGCUCCACCAGCACCACCAGCUCCCAACUCAAAGCUCAUGCCGUCCGCAGCAAAGGUGCCACCACAAACAUUUUGCGGCUCAAGGAAUACUACGAUAAGAAUCGGUAUGAAGUGAAGACGGUCGAGUCAACGGUUAUCAUCGAUGGAGUGUGUGUCAAGGUGCACAAGCGCGUGCUGAAGCCGCGUGAGGUAGAUGGUAAGAAAUUGUCCACUAUGCUCUGUGAUAAGGACUGUAAGGACGGAAGCGCACCGUUGCAGGUGUGUAACCAGCGUCGUAAUGUGUGCAAUAUUUAUGAUCAGACGUUGGCCAGUGAUCAAGUUGAGGGGGUUCAGCUGCAGCACAUUCCGCCUGUGGGGGACUUUCGCAGCUACUUUGAGCUGGACAAGAUCUCCAUUGAGAUUCUUGCGCACUUCGCGGCAAUGCCGCAUCAACCGAGGGACGGUAAUGGGCAGCCGGCGGAGUUGAAUGCACGCAUCGGACCCUUUAUGGUGCAUUUUUAUUCAAGUCGCCAGCAACGGGACACCGCUUGCUUUCAUUGGUACGUAAAUGAGGGGUUCUUUGCCGCUCAUCUGCUGACCCAAGAUGGGAUCUGCUUGGAUGAUAUGUUACCGCCGGAUGUGGGGGAAACAGAUGCCAAGAAGCAGGCUGCUGCCUACGACGCACUGAUUGGCAAGGUCCUAGCCCACGCGGAUUUACAUAAUAGACCCAAUAGCGAGCCACUGCCUCUGACUGAGCUGAUGGUCUACUACAUGGUCACCAGUUAUAUGCGCAUGCUGCACGAAAACGCGAUCGAUCGUAAGCGUCCGAUCUUGCAAAGAUUGCUGUUGUGCGCCCGAUUCGCAGCUUCCAUAGCGGAGCAAUAUAUGCAGGAGCGUUGUCUUAGCCCUGUUAGCGACAUUGUUUCCUGCAUGGAUUUGUUCCAUUGGGCAUUGCACCACGAGAGUCGCAUGCGGUCCAUGUACAAUGAGGCUCUGACGUAUGCUGAGGAGCGAGCGGCAUUGUCGCAACGGGCCUACUUCAUCAUGCGCACACCCAAUCUGGAGGCCUUCUACGAUUUCUAUGCAAAUGGUCAGCUGCCACGUCCCGAUGCUCUAGCCAUCAUGCCCCGAGAUCAGCAGGAACGCCACGUGCGUCGCUAUGAGGUACCCGACCUCAAACUGCCCUCCCUGGCCCCCUGCCCAAUCAGCUCAUGUGGUGUGGGUUUGUGUGCUCGCAACUUCAUGGCACACUUCUUGACCGAUCACUGCCGACGACUGGAGGAGUUGUGGCUGCAGGAUCGCAUGGUUCUGAUGUUCUAUCCGGGCUGUUAUCCGCCCGAGCACACUUACUGCAUUUGUGUGAUUGCACUGCUGGCGCGUGACCCUCCAAACUUAGUGCCGAUGCCUCGGCGUGUGCUCAACUAUCAGCUGCCCCCGAGGCAGCUUUACUUUGCCGAACACUUGCCCUGCAUGCUGAUGUACAGUCAGGUGUCGCAAGCCCUGCUGCAGGACCCACCAGUUUUGAAUGCGGUUUUCAAUAUGGAGCAAUCCGUGUAUGUGUUCUGGCUGUCCAGCGUCGAUGACUACUCGCCUAAUCUCGGCUGCCGCAUAUACAUCUAUUGCCAGGAGCGCAGCAUGUCGGGCCACGCCAUUAUGAAGUUCGUCAAAAUGUCCGAGUACCGCGAUGUGCCCCACCUGAUGCGCAAGUUUGAAGGCAGCUAUAUGGCCAUUGAUUACCCGACCAUGUCCACGCUCACCAAUGACUUUCGGGAGCUCAUCUACAUCGAUGUGCGCUACAUUGAUAAGGAUCACUACGAUCCGGCCGAUUCGGGGGAUGAGGAUAUCUGGGACUAUUGAUGUGGCACUCGUUAUCUUAACUGUAUUUUUUAUAUUUAUUCUCUCAAAAUUUUAGGUUUGCAACCAUUUCCAUAGGGCCUUAGCUCCUCACAGUGCCCGCUGCAGCUGCAAAUCAUUUCUCUAUGAUUUAUCUCUCAAAUUACUUUACUUACCCGAAAUGAAGGCCAAAGCUGAAUGGUUUCUCAGAAGCAGCGGGUGCUGCCGAUUUUUAAUGUUCCCAAAACAGAGCUCGAUGCCUGCCAACCAAAUUCAACAGUUAACUGAAAUCCUUGGCCGAAGCUGCCCAACAACAACGAGGGCCAUUCAAAAUUCCGUUCUGCUGCUCGAAGCUCGUUAGUUUACCUUUUCAAAUUGAAAACAGCGUCAUGUUUUUCCAAGUUAUUUUAAAUGUCAAUGUAUGCAUGCGUAUCGAAAAGCUGUUCGCCCAUGAGCCAUAUCUACAAAACUAAUGAAGAGAUAAAAACCGAUUCAAAAUGAAUUUAUGAUUAAAAAGCUAUUAAUUUUGAUAUUGUCAGAUACAAUCGACCUGAAGCAUUUCAAUAAAACACAUAAUCAAAAUUCUAA